AUGCAACCACCUCCACCCAUCAUCUCCACACCCAUGUUCUUCGAAUCAGGUACCACCUGCAAGUUACAAUUAGAUUCAAUAGAACCAUGUUCAUCGUUCUCUUCUUUUUACAUGAUGACCUUGUUCAACGUAUCACCAAACCUGUGGAUCGAGGGAAAGGAAUCCCUAAUUGACCUUGAAAACGUCCUCCGCUCCAAAAAGGAUAAGUUAUCAAUUCAAGAAGCAAACUUUCUUAUGACAUGGAAGGAAAGUACACUUAGACAGCUCACAGUUGGUGCAGGAGUUGGUGCUGCAAUUGCUUGGUCAGCUACUGGAAAUCUUCAUAGGCUCUUUCGCAUCAACCUUGCAGGAGGAGCUGCUGCAAUUACUGCAACAUGGAGAUUUAGGAAGUCGGUUAAUUCAUGCAUUGAACAAAUUCUUUGCAUGGAUGGAAGCCGAAUGCAAAAAGAGUUGGCAAAUAUAAUGUUGAGAAGGUAUCCAAAUCAUCCAACAACAACAAAACUUAUAUCCAAACGUUUCUACUGUGAGCAUGUUUUUGAUGACUCAACAUCGGACAUGCCAAAAUCAAGGUGGCGUUUUCGUAAUAACUUUGUUGAAAGUCCACCACAUCCUCAACGACCCGAUACCCGUGAAUCCUAUGAUCAUGAUGACAACAUUGUUCCGGAACGCAAACCGGUUCCUAUGAACAACGGUUUCGUUGCGAUGGAAAACCCUUUCGAUUGCGUAUUUGGACUCCCACCAAGUGUCGAGGAAAUUCGACGCCCUGUCCCCGCCACGUCAGCAAAAAAACAUACCCGCAAACAUAAAAGAUCCCACCGCAAGCAUCACACACAUCACCGAAAUGAUGAUUUGUAGUCCCUUCCGGUAUGCUUGUCUUAACAGUAACGAGGUGAGAAUCUGUAAGUGAGGUCUCAGGUUCAAACAGGUGGUGUAAGAUCAUGAUCGUGGACUUAUUUAUGUUUUGUUUAUGAAAUUAUGAAAACCGAGUUUGAUCAUGUUGUGUAUAUCAAUGGUGUCGAGAUUUUCAAAUUUUGGACUUUUUGUUGGACUUCAUUUAGGAAUAUUUCUUUCUAUUUACCUUAAAAUAUGGUGUUAUUUCACUAUACGAGGGACAAUUCUGUGGGUGACCGGAUAAUUGGUUUAUAUGUAUUAAAAUAAGAGAUCUCUUAAAAUAAUUGAAAAAAUGUCGAC